AUGCGACGUCGAGAUAGCGACCUAGUAGGACAAGUAUGUUUCCAACGUUCUUUACGUCUUAGCUAUAGCUAUAGUCAAUGCAGUAAUCGAAGUCGAAGUGGUAGUGUCGAAAGUGAUUUACGUUGGUCCGAACGAGUCUCUAGCAUUGCCAGUGAAUUUGACGACUCGGAAGUCUUAGAUAUGAACGACUUGCACCUCCUGAAGCAACAAACGACAGACGAUUGCGAGACUGUACGUGUCACUGUCCGAUUUCGUCCUUUAUUGCCUAAAGAACAGAGCAGUCAGUCCGCCUGGAUUGUUCAUGCUUCAACUGGAACUGUUGAGGCCUCACCACAGACUGCUAGACGUCGUGGUGUCUAUGCCUUUGAUGAAGUGUACGAUACGGAACAUUCGACUCAAAACAUUUAUGAUGGACUUGCCAGGUUGAUUGCCCGCUCGGCAUUGGAUGGCAUUCAUGGCUCCAUAUUUGCCUAUGGACAGACGAGUAGUGGCAAGACGUACACGAUGCAAGGGUCAGGACUAAAAAACAGGAGAAUGAUGUUGGCACAGGAGCAGAAGAUUGAGACGGAGCAGGACAGAAGACCGGAAGACGAUGAUGGACUUAUACAGUUGGCAGUAAAAGAUCUGUUUGAUGAGAUGGCGAGACGAACGGAUAUCGAGUUUCUCGUCCGUGUCUCGUACUUGGAAGUGUACAAUGAGACGGUCAAAGAUUUAUUGGCGAGUGAUCCGACCACAGGCAAGAGGAGAGACUCGACCGUGCAUAUUCGAGAGCAUCCUGUGACUGGAGUAUUUACGGAUAAUUCGGAACGGGUAGUGACAGAUGCGAGAGGAGUUUUGCAAGCUCUGCGUGAUGGCGAGAAAAAGAGAGUAGUGGGAGCAACCCGCAUGAAUGAGCGCAGUAGUCGAUCACAUUCGAUUUUCAGACUGGUCAUCGAGUCGAAAACGCGUCUCGAUAUGUCCGUACCGACUGAAGAUGAUGCAGGUGUGGAGCGUGUACGUGUAGGUUGUCUGAACUUUGUUGACUUGGCUGGCUCUGAAAGCGCUCGAGCAGUCAGUUUGGGUGGCAAGAAACUCAAGACAGAGAGUGGGAAUAUCAACAGGAGCUUAUUGGCGCUGUCUAGAGUUGUUGUGGCGCUCGGCAGCAGCAAGUCGCCAAACCAGCAAGAUCAUAUCAAUUUCCGUGACAGCAAACUUACACGCAUUUUGCAACCGUCGCUAAGUGGUGCGGCGCGCGUGCUCUUUGUUUGCUGUGCGUCUCCUGCACCUACUUAUAUAGAGGAUACGCGCAGUACACUUAAGUUUGCUAGCCGCGCCAAGCGAAUUAAGGUGAAUGCAUCAGUCAAUGAAGUUGUGGACCAACGUGCUCGAGCGUUGAUGGAGCUAGCUCGAGAGAAUCAACUAUUGCGCCAGCAGCUAGAGGCUUUGGCGUCUGCAAGUCGGGAUGAAAUGGACGCUAUGGAAGAGCAUGCAGCUCGUCGUCGAAUGCAAAUUGUUUCGCUAGACGCUGCUGCAGCUGCUUCGGCCUGGAAAUCUUCAGUGGUAACAGCACCGACUUUGAGCAGUACGGAGAAAAGUGAGAUUGGCAAGCAGCCUGAAGUUACUGGUCGUGAAGGAUCCAACUCUCUGACAGACUUGGAGAACGAGGGUUUAGAAAUGAAUCUGUCGGACGAAGAGGACAGCGAUGUCGAUAGUCAAUUUGACUCACCAAAGGUGUUACCGCUCUUAGUAGCAAAUUCAGUGUGCCCAACAUGUGGAACACUGGAUAACGCGUUGGCAGUUGCCAAGACGCGUGAACUGGAAUCUUGUCUACGUAUUAAGCACCUUGAAGAGCGUGUUGUUCGAUUGCAAACAUGUCACUAUGGAGAAAACAGCAGCACUCAUGCUGUGGUUGCAGCCAAUGCACCAGCUCACGAUGGAUCUGAUGAUGAAUUACACCGUGUGCUUAAUGUUACUGUUACGAUUGACGAAGCGGAUGAAACCAAAGCGCUUGCUAAUAGCGAAGAUAGUCGUACGAGUACAAUUACACACGGUUCAAGUCUCAGCUUAGCAAGUGCAGCACUAUUGAUUAUCAUAGUGGAUACAUUGAACAAACGCAGUCCAAAGGAAGCUUUAGGUAUUGUGGUGACUGUAUUCAUGUGUAUGAUGAUCAUUUUGGCCAGUUUUGCAUGGAAUAUUGCGACUGCAACGCAUUGA